GGAGGCGGUCACGUGAGGGCGGCUGAGGCUUGUAGCUCGGCAACAUGGUGCUGGGCAGGGCACUGCAUUUUGUGUUUAAAGUGGGGGACCGGACCCGGACUGGCAGAUUUUACAGGGAUGUUCUGGGCAUGACUGUGCUGAGGCAUGAGGAGUUUGAAGAAGGCUGCAAAGCAAGCUGCAAUGGCCCUUACGAUGGCAAAUGGAGUAAGACCAUGGUGGGGUUUGGCCCCGAGGACAACCACUUUGUGUCAGAAUUGACUUAUAAUUAUGGAAUAGGUGGAUAUCGCUUGGGGAAUGACUUCUUGGGGAUUACCAUCCAGUCGAGUGAGGCAGUCAGUAAUGCCAAGAAACAGGGAUGGGCACUGACUGAAGAUGAGGACGGGGUGUUUGUAACUGAGGAUCCAGGAGGAUAUAAGUUUUUUUUGGUGAAUAAGGAACAGCCGAAGACAGAUCCUGUGCAGAAGGUAACUUUGGCAGUGUCAGACCUCCAGCGCUCAAUCGAUUACUGGUCCAAUUUGCUUGGGAUGAAAGUCUACGAGAAGAGUGAUGCCAAGAAGCAUGCCCUGCUAGGAUUUGCAGAUGAUCAGUGUAAGCUGGAGUUGCAGGAUAUUGGGUGCCCUGUCGAUCAUGGUACAGCUUACGGAAGAAUCGCUUUCUCUUGUCCGAGAGAGCAGUUGCCGGUUAUCGAGACCCAGAUGAAGAUGAAGAAUCAGAAAAUCCUGACUCCAUUGGUGAGUCUGGACACUCCAGGAAAAGCGACAGUGGAGGUCGUGAUCCUAGCAGAUCCGGAUGGCCAUGAAAUUUGCCUCGUGGGGGAUGCGGCUUUCCGGGACCUUUCCAGAGUGGAUCCCAAUGGCAGCAAGCUACUGGAUGAUGCUAUAGCAGCAGACAAAAGCAGCGAAUGGUUUGAAAAGCACCGCAAGCAGAAGCCCUCCGCAUGAACAGGGUGAGGAUCGUUCAAUCACAAACCUCACUGAUUCACAGCUUGUGGAAGUUUUUGGGUCCCUGUUUCUGUUCCAGUCCCACAGCGGUGCAGAGGGAGGACAUGCAGUCACCAAAGGCUUUCAACACCAAACAUGUUCUCUGAAGCAAAUAACCUGUACCUUCGUCCUAAUGAAGAUAUGAUGUACGAAAUGGCUUAAAACGUUAAUUUUAAAAUAAAGACUUAAGUUGGUUACAGUA